GAAGCGGCCGGGCCGGGCGGGUGGCGGAGGGUCGCGGCGGCCGCGCCAUGGUGGAUUACAGCGUGUGGGACCACAUCGAGGUCUCGGACGACGAGGACGAGACUCACCCCAACAUCGACACCGCCAGUCUCUUCCGAUGGCGGCACCAGGCCCGAGUGGAGAGGAUGGAGCAGUUCCAGAAGGAAAAGGAGGAGUUGGAUAAAGGCUGCAGGGAAUGCAAGAGGAAAAUCGCCGAGUGCCAGAAGAAAAUGAAGGAGUUGGAAUUGGCCGAGCCGGAGAGCGGGAAGGGGGAGCUGGAAAAGCUCCAGGCCGAGGCUCAGCAGCUGAAAAAUGAGGAGAAAAGUUGGGAGAAUAAAUUGGAGGAGCUGAGGAAGAAGGAGAAGAACAUGCCCUGGAAUGUGGAUACGCUCAGCAAGGAUGGUUUUAGUAAGAGCGUUUUCAACGUGAAACCCGAGGAGAAGGAGGAGACGGAGGAGCAGAAGGAGAAGAAACACAAAAGUUUUGUGGAGAGAUACGAAAAGCAAAUUAAACAUUUCGGGAUGUUGAGGCGUUGGGACGACAGCCAGAAACUGCUGUCGGAUAAUCCUCACCUGGUGUGCGAGGAGACAGCCAAUUACCUGGUGAUCUGGUGCAUCGACCUGGAGGUGGAGGAGAAACACGCGCUGAUGGAGCAGGUGGCUCACCAGACCAUCGUCAUGCAAUUCAUCCUGGAGCUGGCCAAGAGCCUCAAGGUGGAUCCCAGGGCUUGUUUCCGGCAGUUUUUCACCAAAAUUAAG